AUGCCGGGUAAUUAUUCGGCCCGUUGCGAGCCCGGUCUAGUGGUUCCAGUAUGGAAACCGGAGGAAAACCUCUACCUCUUUGACGUGAUCAUCCGUGGAUUCGUCUACUUUCUCUUGUUGUUGUAUCUGUUCAUCGGCGUGUCGAUAAUCAGCGAUCGUUUCAUGGCGGCGAUCGAGGUGAUCACUUCGAAGGAGAAGGAACUGGUGGUUCGCCGUCAAGGUAAAGAGCCGCAGAUCGUCGUGGUGCGAGUGUGGAACGAGACGGUAGCGAAUUUAACGUUAAUGGCGCUGGGCAGUAGCGCUCCAGAGAUCCUCUUGUCGAUUAUCGAGAUCUGGGCGAAGAACUUCCAGGCCGGAGAAUUGGGGCCUGGCACGAUCGUCGGCUCAGCCGCUUACAACCUCUUCGUCAUCAUCUCUUUGUGCGUGUUCGUGAUACCGAAUGGGGAAACUAGGAAGAUAAAGCAUCUCAGGGUCUUCUUCGUCACCGCCGCGUGGAGCAUCUUCGCUUACGUUUGGCUGUAUGUGAUCCUGGCAGUUUCCAGCCCAGGUGUACUCGAAGUGUGGGAAGGUAUCCUAACAUUCUCCUUCUUCCCGGCCACGGUGCUCACGGCGUACGUGGCCGAUCGGCGUUUGCUGAUCUACAAAUAUCUACACAAAGGCUACAGGAUGAACAAGAGAGGUGUGAUCGUGCAGGCCGAGGCCGGUGACUCGGACGGUGGGGUGGAGCUUGAGAUCAAACCGCAACAGGACAGCUUUCACAGCAUGACGGACGCCGACACGCCCGAAGCGAAGGAAUUCGAACAGACCAGAAGAGAUUACAUCAACACCUUGAGGGAGCUGAGAAAGAAGCAUCCGACCUUGCCGUUGGAGCAAUUGGAAGUGAUGGCUCACGAGGAGGUGCUCGGAAAGGGGCCGAAAAGUAGAGCGUUCUACAGAGUGCAGGCUACCAGGAAGAUGGUCGGCGCGGGAAAUCUGAGCAAAAAGAUCAGCGAAAGGGCGCAGAGCGACCUUAGCGAGGUCAAGGCUGAGCUACAAAGGCAAGAGGCUGAGAGCAUCGACAUCGAGAACGUGAAUGCCAUGAGGAUCUUCUUCGAGCCCGGUCAUUACACCGUGAUGGAGAACGUUGGUACCUUCGAAGUGGGAGUGACCAGAGCAGGCGGUGAUUUAACCAAACCGUGUACCGUCGACUACUGCACCGAGGAUGGCUCUGCCGAGGCUGGUUCCGAUUACAUCAGCGCGAAGGGUACUCUGACUUUCGAUUCGGGCGAGACUAGGAAGACCAUCAAGCUGUCCGUCAUCGACGACGAGUUGUUCGAGGAAGACGAGCACUUCUACGUCAGGUUGAGCAACGCGUCGCAGCCAGCCAUGCUGGUGUCGCCCAGUUUGGCGACCGUAAUGAUCCUCGACGACGAUCACAGUGGCAUAUUCGGAUUCCCUGAAAGGGACAUCGAGCUGGUCGAGAGCGUGGGCCAGUAUCCUCUGCGGAUAGUGAGGUACAGCGGAGCCAGAGGUCGCGUGGUCAUCCCCUAUCGCACCAUCGAGGGAACGGCUAAGCCUGGCAAGCAGUACAUGCACACCGAGGGCUCGCUCACUUUCGAGGACAAUCAGACCGAGAAAGUGGUCAUGAUGUCGAUCAUCGAGGAGGACUCGUAUGAGAAGGACGCGCUGUUUUACGUAGAACUGGGUGAACCGCAGUUGCAAGGAGCCGAGGCAGGGGUCGCAGUAGCGGCGGAAAUGAAGCAGCCAGAUGAACGCACGGCCGAAGAAAAAAUGGCGCUCCUCGGGAAACCGAAGUUGGGCGAGGUGUUCAGGGCGCAGGUACGAAUCAAGGAGUCCAAGGAGUUCAAGAACACCGUGGACAAACUGGUGCAGAGGGCCAACGCUUCCAUACUGCUCGGCACCAGUUCUUGGAAGGAACAAUUCACGGAGGCCCUAACCGUGAGCGGCGGUGACGAGGACGACGGCGAUGGCGGCGAACCAGCUGCGCCAUCUACCCUAGACUACCUAAUGCACGGCGUGACGAUAUUCUGGAAGGUGUUGUUCGCGUUCGUCCCACCGACGGAUAUCGCCGGCGGUUACCUGUGCUUUGUCGUCAGCAUAUUCGGGAUCGGUGUGGUGACGGCGGUAAUCGGAGACGUGGCAUCCUACUUUGGCUGCACCCUGGGCAUCAAGGACUCGGUUACCGCGGUGGUUUUCGUCGCACUUGGCACCAGCAUUCCCGACACGUUCGCGAGCAAGGUGGCCGCCUGCCAGGACAAGUACGCCGACGCGAGCGUGGGGAACGUGACCGGAAGCAACGCGGUGAACGUCUUCCUGGGGAUCGGCAUUGCAUGGAGCAUCGCGGCCAUUUACCAUGCCUGCCAGGGUGAAAAGUUUUCAGUAGAACCGGGCAACUUGGCCUUCUGCGUAACGUUGUUUUGCACGGAAGCCUGCCUGGUAAUCUUGGUUCUACUACUGAGGCGGACGAAGAGCAUUGGCGGCGAACUCGGUGGGCCUUUCGUACCGAAGCUUGUCACGUCGUUGGUCCUUUUUUUCCUCUGGGUGUUCUACCUCAUUAUGUCGAUCCUCGAGGCCUACGGCUAUAUCGAGGGCUUCUAAAAGGAGCCCGUUCAACGGCAAACGUCGGCCUACACCCGCUCCGCGUGUAUCUUAAC